AUGUUUGAAGAAACGAGAUACGAAAACGCGAAACAAAAAACGGUAGCGACGUCGCGAGACGAGUUCGCGCCGCUCCGCUUUGCGUGCCCGAUCGAUAUCGUGAAAUUGCUAACACUAGUGUGGUUAUUGUUCUUCCAGCCGUUUCUUGUUUACAGCGUUCGUUGCGGAGCUGAGGCUCCCAUUCUGGGAAUGCUCGAGAUAGAAGGCUUCGGAAGCGAAGUGGUGACUGCGUUCUUUGUGGUUGCUGCGUCGCUGACCGUACUAUUAAUAUUGGUUAGUGCAUGGAGGUUAACCGGUCGAAGACCUCUUUUUUAUGAUCUAUUCCUAGUUGAAAUACAUUCGUGGGACGCUAGGAGAUUUGUUCAGGUCUUACAACUUGGCCAAGAAUUUCGUCCACGAGGUUCCUGGGGAGAUGUGAUGACACGAAUGCGUACACGAGCACGUGUGCAUUCUCAAAGCGACAGCGCUGAGGGCAGUGGCAGUAGUCAUCGAAUAAGUGACACAAAUGUAGUCAUACAAUCCCCCGCUACUGUUAUGGAUGAUACAACCACUAGUGUACCAUCUCCAUCGGCAUCUACAUUGUGGGAGAUUGAGAUGCCUCCUUCUGGAUCCAGUGGAGGAGACGUUUCACACGAAAGCCAUUUCGCCGCUGCUGCUGCCAUCGCUGUUCUUGGUCGAGGAGGUCUUCAAGUUGGAAACACUUCGUCAGGAACCAUGGAUGUGGUGCCAGGUGCCACCAGCGGUGCUUCGCUAGGAGUUUCUGCCGUUGGGGUGUCAUCGGUCGGAGGAGAACUGAACAGCAAUAGUUUCACAGUAGAAGGACAGCGGCCGCAUGGUGUUACGAAUAUAGUGAUGCCGAUGAACAUCAGCGUCGUGAAUGAUGAGCUAGAAUCUAAUGAGGUCGAAGUGCAGGUGCCAGCGGUAGACCGUCAGCCAGUCUCAGAUACGGUAGCGGAGGACACAACGACGAACUCGAAUCCGCCCGAUGUAGUAGAAGAGCCACGUGAAGAGGUGUCGCUACAAACAGAAAAUCCUGAAGCAGAGGGAGACUCGGUGAUUCGUCUCAAAUUUCUCGAUGACACCCAAAGGGACGCUCGUACAACCAUGACGGAUACCAUAGGCAAAUUUAAAAGCGUGCACUUCGGUGAUGCAGUUGCUGCCGGACGUAUCGUCCGUUUGAUUUACCAAGGUCAGCUGCUCCGUGAGGAUUCGAGAACUUUGGCGUCAUAUGGACUUCGUGAUGGAUGCGUAGUUCAUUGCCAUAUUAGCAAUACACCAUAUGCUACACAGGGGCCAUCAACUUCGCAAUCAAACACCGCUGCUACUCAACUCAGACAUCGAGAUAACGUACGUCCUACUCAGACAACAGCUGCGGAACCGACGCGUGUGGAGGCUGAUGAGUUUCGAUACCCUCGCUGGGCUGUUGCAUUGCUUUUGAACACGUACCGCUUCCCACUGAUUGGUUUGCCUUUGGACGCAAUCGUUCGUUUCCUCUUCGACCGACAGUCCGAGACUGCUGCACAGCCUGGACUUGUUCGUAGAACUUAUCGUAGACUGCUGGCUAUGGUGUACAGAGAAGAGAACGACGAUGUAUCUCCAUUGGAUCGUGCAGCUGAUGCAGCUGCCAGAGUGCCACCUCCACGACUUUGUCUUGGGGAUUAUCUCCUUUGGAUCUUUGCGGGUCAAUUUGUCGCUGUAUGGGGUUUUGUAUACGCGUUUCCGCAACUCUGCGACCACACGGCUCUUGGUCUUCUCGUGUUGUUGACGCUUUACUUUUUGUUCGUAGUAUGCCGAAGUAGAGAACAACACUUGGCUGAAAUUCGUCCGGUGGAUAGACCCAAUGGUGUGUCUACUAAUUCGGAUCGGUGAAGGUUAUAAUAUCUGUCAUACUCGAAUUUUGUAUCUACUGUAAGAACUCGUCCGUGAUGUUGUGAUUGCGGGUGAUGUUAUCCGGUCAGCAGUUUUUCUUGCUCGGAUUACCAACGACUGUCU